AGAAGGAGGAUUGGGCCACUUUCAAAGAAAAGAUGAUGUCAGAUCAUGCUAUAAAAAAGCGAGAAAAGGCGCUUGAGAGCGCAAAGAAGAACACACAUCAUCACCACUUAGGUCAGAGGAGUUAUGGAGAUGCUAGAGAGUUGUGGAGGCAGGAGAAAUUCGGUCCACCUAGUUUUGAUUCUGGAUCGUCUUCUAGUACACCAUCCUCCUCGGUGUCCUCCAGUUUUAACCGGGGUGAUGAUUGGUGUUGCGCGAUGCAUAAGAAAGAUCCUGUUACUAAACAGAGAUUCAUUCCAGAUGAGGAAACAAAGAAAGCAGCUGACAAAUACGUAUGUAUAUCAUUAUAAUUAACUUUUAGUUUGACAUGAAUAUUUUUUCAUUUAUUAACUACAUUAUUACUGUUAACUUGCUUUUUGGGCAGUUGGAGUACAAGGAGAAGCAAG